AUGAGUAAAAAAUCAGCAUCACGAACAUUUUUCUCUAAAAAUGAACAUCAUCUCCGUUCAAAACCAUUGACAGUCGAUAAGUUUGUUUUUGAUGAAGAAGUCAGUGAAAAAGAUAAAUCAAAGAAAACGCUAUUACACGAAUCACUUACAACACCAACAAAACGUCAGCGUAAAGAGCGAUCAGCCACGAGUAGCGAACCACAAACAAAAAGAGGUAUACCACCAACAAAUGUGAAUAAUAAACAACAAAAAGGACACAUUGCUCAGCCGUAUGAUGGCUACGAAAGACCAGUAACACGUCGUGCAUCACGUCUAGUUUCACAAACAAACACAUCAACAACGGUAGCUGCGCCACCUUCGUCAUUAGCCUCUACCAUUGAUUCACCACAGCUUCGUAAAUUAAAAAUGAAACCUAAAUUAAUAAAGAAAAAACAAAGCAAAAGGAAAUCAUCACCAACAAUUUCAUCCUCAUUGGAACCAGCAGCACCCGUGACUGCACCUCCAGAGAUAUCUACACAAUCAGUAACUCAAAAAGAAGAGCCCUUACCAAGAACAACCCAAGAAGCAGAAAACAUUGUGCCCAAACGGCAAAAUAUUCGUAGACGAAUUCAAAAAUCAACCAGACAUAAAGAAAAGGCUGUUGCGUCAUCUGAAGUGAAUCUCGAUACGUUAGCCCCUAAGGAAAAUGAAUCAAGACAAAAUAAUGAUAUAGCUCUCAAUUCUACUCCGAUUCUUACCGUUAUUCAUAAUGAUGAUAGUAACAAUAACAGUCAAGCUUCACAACAAUCACCAAUACAGCAACAAAUUGAUUUUGAUUCUGAUAAAAUUAAUGAUAUAUCAAUAUCGGAAGCCAUGACGCUCGGAUCACCUAUUCGAUGCGAUCAAAAUGAAGAUGACAGUGACAAUUCGAUAAGCGUCACAUGGACAGGUUCAAGCAAAAUGUCAACAGAAAUAUUGAAAAGACGUUUUCAUUUUCCGAAGCAAGAGCCGCAGCAAUUCAAUCGAAAGAAGGCGUUUAUCCCAAGGUUUUCGAAUCUUGAAUCAUUCUCUGAAAAAUUUUCUGGUACUCCAAUUAAUGACUCAUUAACAUCGGUUAACAAAAAUAAUAUAAAUUCGAGUGAUUUAAAUCCUCAACCACUAAAACGUCGUUUGAGUAGACGUUGUUCAGACGAAGAUUAUCAACCUCCCGAAGCACUUUUACGUGAAAUUACAACACAAUUACGAACAGCAAUUUCUCCUUUAUCACCAUCUAAUAUUGAAGUAAAUUCUUUACGGAACGAUUUUGAAUAUGAUUAUCCAAAUAAUACGUUAAAUAAUACAAUGGAUAGUGAAAAAGAUGAUUUCGCACUCAAUUCUAAACCCAAACCACGACGAUUUGCUGUUAAAAGUACUCAAGUAAGAAAGAAUAAUAAUUCUCAAAUAACAGGAGAAAAACAACCGAAUAAUAAUGUUUCAUGGAAACAAUCACCAAUAAAACAAACCUCAAAAUUACCACAACAGUAUGACGAAGCUGACGUCGAAGAUGAUGUAAAUGAAUCAAUAGCAGAUGUUGAUGUUGAUGAUUACGAUUAUCAUCCGAAUGUAAGUUAUUCAAAGAAAGGAACAAGUACGGCACGAAGAACAGCAACUCGAGGUGGAUCUAGAAUGGGAAAAUAUCCACAGCAACAACGAAAAAUGUGGAAUGAUGAAUAUGAUGCAUUUGAUGAAGAUGAAGACGAGGAAUCAUAUGAAAGAGGUAUAUUUUUUGCAUUUGCAAGUCUAACCAAAUGUCAUAAUCAAUCUUAUGAUGAAAUGUACACAUUUGAACCAGCUAAUAAACGUCGUGCCAGUAAUGCUCAGUAUCGUGGAACUAGUGACACUCGUCGUUCAUCCCAGAGUAGUUCAAAUGAACGUCGUAUUGCUAUUAAUAACGGCCGUCAACCAAUUUAUAAACCAUAUAAAUCAUCAACAUAUCGGCCCACACCCGCAACUCUUGGUUUAUCAAGUAGUCGACGUAAUACAAACUUUUCCACACAUCGCGCUGUCGAUAAACAACGGCCCAUCGUGAAUACAAGUGGAUUUAAUUCAUCAGGAUUAAAACAGCAACGACACUGGCCAUCAAAUGAUGAUGAGUAUUAUCUAUCAUCGACAUCCGGUCAACUUCAACCGGGCCUAGUUCCACGCACAUCGUCGGCAACAUCAACAAUGUCAUCAGUAGCUCAUCAAAAUCGAACAAACUCUGGGAAUACCUAUGUUGCUAAAAUUAAUGAUGUGCAGUUAAGUGAAGUAGCGAAUAGUUCACAAAUAUUUUUUGUUAAUGUUCCUCAAUCAGGACAAGAAAUGAAUAAUGCAACGCGUACUGAUCAAUCACAACAACAACAAGUUUUAUCGGUAUUAACUGGCAUGAAUUCAACAACAUCACCACAAACAACGGAUUUACAAACAGCGAAUGUCUUACCGUUAGCAGUUGUUCAACAAGCACAAGUAAAAACAAAUGAUCAACAAACAUUAGCAUUUACGCUGAAAUUUCCAAUUGAAACACGAUCAACAAGACCAAUAUUACCUAAACCAUCCGCUACUGAUCAACAGUCAACAUCAAAACCGUUCUCAUGGUCUCGUCCACCAAUGCCAAUGCCAGAAAGAAAUAUCGAAGACGAGUCAACAAAAAAAAGUCAUCGAGGAUUAACAAUCAUACCCAUUAAUGAUAAUGGACGAGAAUCAAAUCGAAUGGAUAUGGAUACAAUGGAAGCGGCACAUGUUCUGGCAUCAGCUGCUGAUAUGACAAUAGCAGCUGCCAAUGCUAAAAAAAAUCAACAAGACGAUGAAAUGAAUGUAGACGCACCAAUUGCUGGUGAAGAAACGGUACAAACACAAGAAUUACAUAUCGAUGAACAGCAAAGGAAUGAAAAACAAAACUUAGACAAUCAACAACCAACAACGAUCACCGCGAAAGUGAUUGAUGACAAUGGAGUUGAACAUACUGUGGUCUUGUCAACAGAAGAAGCUUCACAAAUCUUGACCGAUGGUGCUGUACUUGUCGAUGGUAAUGCAACUAUGGCAGGUAAUACAAUAUCCAUUGAACCCCAAACAUACCAGUUAGAUUUAUCUCAAUUUUCACUUGAUGCCAAUCAAUUACAAGCAGCUUUAGCUCAAGCGGGCAUUGAUACUAGUCAACCAUUAACUAUUGAACAAAUAAUAACUGAUCCACAAAUACCAGGACAACCUCAACAAACAGCAACAUUAUGUACAUCGCCUGAUGGUACACAAUUCAUUUUAACUCAACCACAAACAAAUUCAUCACAAACACAACAAUAUAUUUUACAAACAAAUACAUCUCCAGUUGUUUUGCAGCAAUCUACUGGUCCACAGUAUACAACUAUUGUUCCAUCGACGAACGACAUUUCUGCAAAUAAUGAACAACAAAGAAAACAUGAUUCGAUUUAUCAACAAAAACAACAAUCAACCACGGCUCCCAAACGUCGUUUUGCUGUUAAAAGUACAGCCAGUACAAUACAUGUAGAGAAAACUGAUGAUAAUUCAAAUGAUAAUAAUGGAGAUCAGGGAACUGUUACUGGUAGAGAAAGAAAAGCAGCAUAUGCAACAAAAUCAACCGUAACACCAAUAGAAGACGAUGAUGAAGGUAUUGUUGGCAUACGAGCAUAUAGGCGAAAAAAUUCUAACGGUAAAAAAGUAUCAAUAGAUACUUUCGAGGAUGAUCAAGUACCCCAAAAAUCAUCGCCUGGAAUCACUGGUGGUCGUUUAUCCUCGUCAACAGAUACUGAUGAAAAUCGACAUAAUUCUCGACAAUCACUAUCACGCUCUUUUCAAUCUGAUAACAACAACGAUCAAAGUGUGACACGUCGAACGACAAAUGGACGUGGCGAAGUUGUUUGGAUAGUUGUCUCGAAAAUGCCCGCAUGGCCUGCUCAAAUUGUUGCUCGAUCAACUGGUUGUUUAAUGAUUAAGUAUUUUAAUGACGAUAGUGAACCAGAUUUAGUAUCAGGCGAUUGUUUAAAACCGUUUUUAAAAUAUUAUGAUGAUUAUGCUAAUAUUGGUCCCUGUACAGUUCGUCGUCGUCAAGGUUUUCAACAAGCUUUAGAUGAUGCCUAUGCUGAAUGGUUAAAUAAUCGUGUAAAAAUACGUCCAUCAUCAUCGAAUAUUAUUCAUGAAAUGAAAACACACGAUGGUCGAGUUUAUCGAACAAAUGAUAUUGUAUGGGCAUGGCAUAUUGUACAAAUGAUAUGGUGGCCAGCUAAAAUUCUUAAUUUAUAUCGUCAUGGUGAAAUAGAAGUCGAAUAUUUGGUGUCAAAUGACAAAGAAAUAUUAAAAGACGAUAGUAUUGAACUAUAUAAUGAAUUUUAUCAUAAAUAUCAUAAAUCAGACAUUGAAAAAACAGAUUUAACAUACCAUGAAGCUAUUAAACAAGCACAAAGUGCAUUAGAAGAUUCAACGCAACCAUCCACAACAGCAACGCCAGCCACAAUAGUAAUAAAUAAUUAA